AUGAACCUUCAGGGCAGGGCAAUACGCAAACAUUUUCAACAAUUUCAUAAAAAAUCGAGUUUGAUAGUACUUCACGAUGAUUUGGAGCGAGAGUUGGGGAAAAUCCAAAUCAGGAAACCGGGCACGAGUUCAAGAGGUCACAAUGGUCUUAAAUCUAUUGAUGGAAUGUACAAAAACAAAUAUUCGAAAAUCGCUAUUGGAAUUGGAAGGCCAAGCUCUAAAACUGUGACUGACUAUGUGCUACUGAAGUUUGACGCGAAAGAGCAGGAGGUUUUAAAUUUAGUGGUGUUGCCUAAAGUUGUGAAAGAGUUGGAGCGCGUGAUCGAGGCCGAUCUCGAUCACUUACAAAGAGAGAGCAAAGAAUCUUGA